AAGCUAUUAAUUAUUUUGCCACACUUUAGAUUAUCAUAUCAUCAUAGAGAGAGAGAGAGAGAGAGAGAGGUUAAUUAUGGCAAGUUGUUGUAACAUGGCAUCAGCAGCUACAGGGUUUGUGUUGUCACAUAAUGUUUCAAGCAACACAAACUCAUUAGCAUCAUCAAGAAUCACUAUGGUGAUGUACCCUACAACUACAACAAAGAACCCAAAUUCUUCUAGGCUUGUUGUCAGGGCAGCUGAGGAAGCUGCAGCAACCCCAACUGUUGAAGGUGAAGCAGCUCCUAAACCCAAGCCACCACCAAUUGGCCCCAAAAGAGGUGCUAAGGUAAAGGUUCUUAGGAAGGAAUCCUACUGGUUCAAUGGUAUUGGUUCAGUUGUUGCUGUUGAUCAGGAUCCUAAGACUCGUUACCCAGUUGUGGUUAGAUUCAACAAAGUUAACUAUGCAAAUGUAUCAACAAACAACUAUGCUUUGGAUGAGAUCGAGGAAGUCAAAUGAGUCAAUCUAUUUUAGUUGUAAUUUCAAGUUACUAGUUUAAGGGUUAAUUUCACGUCACAAAGAAGAUGUGUAUAUCAUAUUUUGUGUUAAUUUGUGCAGAUACUCAUAAUCAAACAUGUAUAAACUUAAACUUCCCCUGUUUAUAAUUUAAAUGAAUAAUUACGCACACA